AUCCGUAGCCAGUGAGGCACUGGCAACUGGAUGCUCAGGAUGGCCCAUGGAAGGGUCUGGGGAGCUCAAGGGGGAAAUGAUGCAGCGCCUCCAGUUAAUAAGUGGUGCAGUCAGCUGUCUUGAGCAGGAAUACCCUAUGGUCCCGCUGAAGCCUUGCUGAAGAAUCACUUGCAUAAAGCAUGCAGAGUCCUGGAUGGGGUUAGUUCUUUGCUGGGCAAAUAGGGGCCAUUGCCUCUCAGGAUGAGCUGGUAGCUCCAGCCACUGCUGCCAUAGCCAGACACGCAGUGAGGGUCACUCAGAUCACUGUGGGCUGAAAGGAGUCUAGAGGCUGCUGGCUUUGGAUUUGCUUCAGUCCCCUCGCCUGUGGCCCUCUCCAUGAAAAUUGCCUUCUACUUAGUGUGACUGGAGCCUCUGUGCACCUGUCCCUGGGUUCCCAGCUGCCAGUCUCUAGCUCAUGGAGCCAGAGGCUGGAAAUGGUUGCACCUAACAAUUGGAGCCAGGAGGGGGCUCUCUGGCUCCCCGAAGUGCGUGCGUGAGGCAGUGCCUAUGAGGCGGGGAAUUCAAGCUCAUUAAAAGGAGUGGAUGUAAGCAAGAAUAUCAGACAGAGACAGCCAAGGUCUGCUGCACCAGGAGCAGUGCCCACAGAAAGCCAGGGAGAGAGAGGGCAGUGCACCAGUCCUGGGUGUCUCUCAUGAGCCACAGAUCCCAGCCAGGGCCAGGCUGGAGUGAGAGCCACCAGCAGAGAAACUGGGCAUUCUACUGCCCCCUCCAGCUGUGAAGGGAAGGAGCACAGGAGAGCUGCUGGGAAGAGACUGUAUUUACAGCUCCAAAGGCAGCCCAAGAAAGGAGGCAAGCAAGGGAGAUAGCCCUCUCCCAGUUGGACUCAGCCCCAGCCGGUGGGUUUUUAAGCCCACGCCCAGACUCUUGGUCCAAGCUCUCACGAGCGUAUGGGAGCAGGGAGUACUCUGAAGUACAGGGUCAUUUCUCUAAGGGAUCCUUGAGCCUACACAAUGUGCUUUCCCCCCACAAAGUAGGACGCAUUGCCCUCUCCUCGGGCCAGGUGGCUCAGCUGUCGAGUACCAGCCAGCUGUUCUGCAAGGGCAACCCAACUCCUGAGCUGGUGCUGAUGGGAGGACAGGCCUGACAUUGCUGGAAUAUCAUCUCUUCCCCCAAACACGCCAUUCCUGACAGGACACAGUCUGAUUUCUUCUUGCUCUUAUGGGCAAUGCCUGCCUCUGAGUGGCCAUAGAAACUCUGGCUCCUCGAGAGAAGGGACCACCUCUUUGGUGCCGUGUUGAAGGAUGGCUGGAUCCCUCCCUGCCAGCCGCUGGCUCCUAUUACUGUGUGUGGGAUUCCUGGCAGUGGCCUUGUGUGUUGGCUCAGUGGGGUCAGAGAAACUUGGAAGGAGAAGAAGCCGAGAGAAGACAUCCCAGUGGAAUGAGUAUCCCACAGGCCAGGGAAAAAGCAGCAUGCUUCUGCCAGCCUCUAACGACCCGGAACCCCUUCCUGAGCAGUCUCGCAGCAUCGACCCCCGGGACGCCUGGAUGCUCUUUAUGAAACAGUCAAAUAAAGGGGUGAACAGCAAGAAACGGGGCAAAGGCAAAUCAAAAAAAUUCAACUUUGGCCUGCCAGGCCCACCAGGUCCCCCCGGCCCUCAAGGAGCCCUAGUGACACCAGAAGAAUUGCUGAAGGACUUCCGGCUGCUGCUGAAAGAGGUGGUAAAGGAGCGGGAGAGAAUGAGCCUGAAGGCCUGUGAAGGUUGCCAGGAAGGUGAGGAAGAGGAGGAGAGAGGAGAAGAUGACAUCUUGGCACUUGUUGCUGGUCCGUUGGCAAAGACUAAGCCACAGCAUCGAGUGGAGGCAGCCUUCCACUGCCGAAUACGGAGAAACAUUUCCAUUGAACGAAGAUCCCUGCAAGAGCUUCAGAUCUAUUACAUACCUCAGAAAGAGGGGGUGUUCCAUCGAGGCCUGGGGCUGAACCUGACCAGCGGCCAAUACACAGCACCGGUUGCAGGGUAUUACACCUUCACCUCCACCUUGCACAUCGUUCAUGGAGAACAACAGAAGAAAGGGCAACAGCGUGCAAGAGAUCGCCUGCGGGUACUGAUCUGCGUCCAGUCUCUGUGUCAACAUAACAUUUCUCUGGAGACGGUGGCUGGUUUGGACAGCAGUGAACUUUUCACCAUCUCAGUCAGUGGAGUCCUGUACUUACAGGCUGGCCAGUAUGCCUCAGUUUUUGUAGAUAACGCCACUGGAUCAUCCCUCACUGUUCGAAGUGGCUCGGAUUUCAGUGCUGUUCUUCUGGGGGUGUGAAUGGUCUCAAACCAUCUACCCUUACAUGCUGUAAGCUGAAUUGGUCUCUUCGCAAGAACCACCUUAAUUCCCUCCCACCCAAGCACAGGGAGCAAAGCAUAGUGAGGUCAGGAGCAGCAGUCUCUACAAAUUCUGCUUGUGCAGCCACCAGCCACCAUACUUUGCACAAGAUCUCAAGCAUCCAAAGAUGGAGAGCCGGAAAGAAAAUUGGAAGCAUGAAAAAAGGAGGACUCACUAAAUCCAUCCCCCUUUAAUUUAAUUUAUGGCCAGAUUUUGAAGCUUAUUUUACACGGACAAUUAUAAUAUGGCUGACUUCUAAAACCAGACCAACUUUUAUAAAGGAACC